AUGAGUGUCAAUAGUGAUGACAUAUGUGAACAAGCUGAAGUUCUGGAACAGCCUGAUGAUCUUAAACAAAAGUUCCGGAAAAGUCUAGGGAAACUAUGGAAAAUUGCAGGACAACGAAAUAGUAGUUUGAUGAUGUCCACCCUAAUUAUAUUGGUAGCCAUAAAUUUAACAGGUUACUAUUCAUUAUACUCCUUUGAUUCUAAUUUCCCUCCCGUUGAUGUUGUUCGUGCAUUGAAUGAACCCGAGAGAAUCAGGAAUGGUUCAAGUGAGAUCUACGAGUUUUUAGUCGAUACCUACAUAAGAAAUGAAAUGGUAUACCUUGAAAACAUUAACAGUAUGACUAUUCUGACAACUCCAAGAUUAUCUUUUAAUAGAUAUCAUAGCCGAAUCGAAUUCACUGAUGGGUUCAUUGAAUAUUCAAAUCCUUCUAAAAGCUUGAGCCCUAAUAGCUCAUUGAAUACUUGGGUAGGGUCCCUUUUGAUUUAUGAUUUUGAUUAUAGUCCUUUUAAACUCUCCAGAAACCUCACAUCCUUCAAGAAUUUUAAUAAUCAGAUCAACGUUUUAUACAAUAAGGAAUACCCUAUUAUAAGAAACUCAGAAAUAUGGUAUAUGAUCCACAUAUCCAACUUUUUAAUCCUUGUUGCAACUAUAAUGAUUUCCUUAUCAUUGUUCAUGAUCUGGCUGGAUUUCAAGAUUUUAAAUGUUCUAUUCUUUGCCUUUUUGUCUUUUGGGUUCAUUGUUUGCUUUUGCUGCCAGUUUAUUCAACUAAUUUCGAUUAUCAUAUAUCAAGCCAAGUUGAGUAAUAGUAAAUUCUUGAGGAAAUUCUGCCUGUGUGUAGCAGGAAUAUUGUUCAACAUACACAAUGCUUAUUAUGUGUUUGACUAUUUGGUUGAUCACCUAGACUUAGCACGAUUCUGGACUCAACAAUGGAAUAACCGAUUCCAUGGAAAUUCAGACAUUGAAAAAGGAGAAGAUCAAGUUUCUCCAUAUCCCCAGUCAAUUUUUACUAAUAAUUCACCCAAAGACUCUACUGAUUCAACUCAACCAGAUGAAAAUGGCUUUUACCCUUUGACACCCCAAAGGGCUAGGAUCUCGGAUUCAGAUAAACCAUCAAGUGAGUAUUCGAACGACAUACAAUCACCCGUAGGACCCCACUGUUCUCCUACAGAUUCAGAGAUACCGGAAAUUGCAGGAAUGAGCUGCAUCAGCUUAGAUCCUCGUCCCAAUAGUGGAAUAGAACAAUUUCCGAUUCUUAGAGGUAGGAAUGUGACAUAUAGUGGUGCUAUAAAACACCCAGGAUCUUCAAAUCAGUAUCAAACAAGAGACAGGGUUGUGACCGCUCCAGAGUUAACUUCUCCUGUACUUAGUGAUCCUACGAGCAGUGAUUUUGGCCAUUUUGAACAAGAAUUAUCCAAAACUCCAGAUCAAUCCCGAUUCAUCGAGGAUGUGACCUCUAAGACUACUAAGCCAAGAAAAGGAGGACUGGUGGUUCAACUGUUGGUUGAAAGUUUUCAGAAUACAUCUGAUUGA